CAGCUUCUUCGUGCUGCUGAAGCCGAUCGGUGAAAAUCGUUUCUCUCCGUGAGCUGACGUCAUCUUCACCAAAGGGGGCGUGACCCGGAAGUUGAUACUUUGCAAGGUCGCUGCCACGUUUUAAGCUGUUGUGUUAAGGGAGUCACACUAUGGAUAUGACGGAGGUGGAGAAGCGAUGUUGUGUAGUUUCCGUGUCGGACUGUGGGACGACGGCGGUGAGCUGCAGCGGCGUCAUCGUUCACCCAGCAGCUGGUGUCGUCCUCUGCCCGGGACUGCCCUUCUCUCGGUUCCUCACUGAGCGAAGGUCCCUGAGCACAAACAGCAAGUGUCUCUCUCCCCAGAACUUCACCAAACGACUUGAGAUCCGCUUGAGUUUGGGGACUCGGAAAGAAAGCUCCAAACACAAUGUGUGUGACGCACAGCUGGUGAUGCUGGUCCACUGUCCCGAGUUCAAACUGGCCUUCCAGUCCGCUUUCCUCCAGAAUGACCGGUGGAGUUUCCAUGGUGACAGUGAGGAUGAGGAGUUGGUCAGAAACGCUCAGUUCCUCAGCUGGUUUGCUGUCCUCAAAACGAACCGCCUGGCUGACUUGGAUUCCGGAGUGAUAAAGUGGCUAAGGAGCUCAUCUUUAGAGAAAGGUGACCCGGUUGUUGCCUGUGGAUCUCCAUUUGGCUCCCUCUGUGUGGACCUCUUCAUCAACACCAUCAGCAGAGGCAUCAUCAGCAACCUCACUGGGGAAGAUAACGCCAUCAUCCUCACUGAUGCUCGCUGCCUCCCCGGCACAGAAGGAGGAGGUCUCUUUCGGGUGAAAGGCCCAGAUUGUCUUCAUUUCAUCGGGAUGAUCGUGUCUCCUUUUGGGUGGAAGGCACACGAGUGGAUCGGACUCAGCUUGGUCUGCUCGGUCCAGGUCAUCUUCAGGAACAUUCUCUCUUGUGCUGGUGCUCAAAGUCCACUUAGAGAUCUUCAGCCAGCAGAGAGAGACCUUAACAUUUCCACCACGUCGCAUCGGCCUGUUGGUUACCCCACUGUAUGCUUCGUGGACAGUGGGUCACUCUGGGGCUCCGGUGUUGUAGUUAGCCCUCAGCUAGUUCUGACCUGCCGACAUGUUGUCCAUGAGAAGUCUGCAGUCACUCUGAAGUUCCAUCACAAACGAAGAGUCCUGACUGUUCCAGGGGAUGUGUUGUUCUCCACGAAUGCGACCUCUCCUUAUGAUGUGGCUGUGGUCCAGCUAAGGGAACCUGUUCCCGAAGCGUUGGUUCCUCGCAUGGCUGAGAGUUUCAGUCCAGGUGAGUCUGUGUUAGUAGUCGGCUAUGGCGGUCUAGGUCAGACCUGUGGACCCUCCCUGACCAGUGGCAUCCUCUCCAAAACCAUCGACCUCAACCACAAGCCUGUCAUGCUGCAGACCACUUGCGCAGUUCAAGCUGGCGCCAGUGGAGGCGCUGUGGUGCGGAGACACACCGGAGAGCUGCUCGGAAUAGUGUCCAGCAACACCCGAGACUUGACCGCCAAAGCGACCUACCCUCACCUCAACUUCAGUGUUCCAGUGACCGUGCUGCAGAGACUGUUGCACCAAUUCACAGCAACAAGAGACGUUGACGUGUGGAAGGAUCUAAACACCACAGAAGAAGAGGUUAAGCGGGUGUGGAGGCUGCAGGACUCUCAGAGCAAACUGUAACAGUCAAUAGAAAUACUGUGAACUGGUUAGGUGCCUUCCAUGUCUACCUCGUGACGUCGGCACAUUAAAUGUUAAGCACAAUCGGGUAUUUACAAGGGGAUAUUUGAGCAAUUAUCCAUUUGAAAAUGAGGAAUUAUGAUCUUGUGUUAUUGAUUAUGACGUGCUGACCAAGCAUUUGUUGUCUGUUAAAGAGCACUCUGCUCAACCGUGCGCAUUGAAUGGAAAACGCUUUCUCUAAGAGUCUGAAGUCGUGUGUGACAGAUGUGUGUGAAUCCCCUCCCAGGUCUCUCAACACAUGUUUUCAUCAAACCCGUCAAAUAUUCGGCAUCAUUACGCUGACAGGAUGCUGAACGUGAUUGGUCCCUCUGGUGAUUGGACUCCCCGCGUCACUGUCAGGUACUCAGACAUCUGUGAACCACUCCAACACCCAGCGGGGCUCUCGCAGCCCUGAUUUCCACCAUCUCCGAAACGUGAGACUGAGGAACGACAUUUCAGCUGCUGUCAGCAGGCACAAUGGUGGCGUAAACCGUCGCUAACAGAAGGCUCUCUUCAGAUUUACGCUGUGCUUACACAACACCACCUGAGGCCAUUUUGAAGUUUUGGCUCUUGCUUCUGCUACAGCUGUGAACGACACAACUCAGGACAUAGAUUCGCUCGCACGCACUGCAGCAAGAGAAAGAACGCAAGGUAUACGGUGACCAGCGCGGCCACAUGGACCAGUUUAUUUAAAUUCAUUUGAUUUAAUUAAACACAAUAAUUGAUCCACACUUUGAUAGGAGCUCUGCUAGUCCUCAAUGGUUUUGAUGACAAGACUACUGUUUUUUUUGCUUUUUUUUUUUUUUGGAUACACGUUAUUUACAAGCUAAAUAGUGAGUUUAUGACAUCAUGACUUGGACAGAGAACUACCACACGAGCUCAAGCAACAUGACAUGAAGUGGCUACACUUCAGUAGAUCACACUUGAUGGAGAUGUUAAUUUACAUAAAGUACAUAUAAAAGUUGAUCUUUUUUCACACGAGAGCCGCUGCUGACAAGUCUCCGUUAUUCUGCUGGAAGUAACAGAUCAAGGACAAACAACAAAAUAGAGGAAAGAUUCACAAGUAUGACAAACAAAAAUGGUCGACUUUACACCUCUUGAUGACAGAUGUUGCACCACCCAGCCCAUUUGGAACGGCAGACCUUUUCCCAAGCCUUUCACUGUUUCACCAGUGUUCUUCCUUAAAGAGGUCAAUGACGUCCAACCCUUUUUGCACAAUCUUGCCUGUGUGUGUAUGUGUGUGUGUGUGUGUGUGUGUGUGUGUGUGUAAAAC